AUGAUGCGGUACACGGAAGUGGACUCGACGAUGGAACGGAGUUACGCACAGCAGCUCAACGACACGUCAGCAAACAACGGCGAGCAACAAUCGCAAGCGACUGCAACGAGCACGGCGACGCAGACGAUGGAGCUGCAAGAAAACUUGCCAAUUAUUCACACGAAUUCCACCAUCAUUACGAUCCAGCCGGGAGAAGGCGAGAGUCGAUUCCGUAGGCCAAUUCCUAUCAACACUCUCGAUUGGGUUUCGACACCUAGAUCGCAUUUGAAUGCAAUCACCGGUACGCAGUUCCUGGACGGUGUUGAGCAAUUGGAAAUUCAGCAGGUUAUUGAUUUGAGUACUCUACUCGGCAGACUGGACAAGGGUAUUCAGUACAGGGUGAAAGUGCCACGCGCGGAAACAUUGUUUCUUGCCAUGGAAUCUAAGAUGGAAACGGAAUCACGAUUAUGCGGCUGGUACAAAGGAUUCGUGUUGAACGUCUUGGAUCAGUGUGGCGAAACCGCUUUCAUCAUCCGGAAAGAUCCCAGCUUGUUGCACGUGCCUUGCUCUCGACAGAGAAUUACGGUUGAAAGCGCGAAUCUCAUCGGCAGCGUGGAGAAGAACUUCAGCCCGAUAGGGCCAAGCUUCACUGUGUAUAACGCGAUCCAAGAGCCUCUCUGCAACAUUUAUGGACCCUUCACUUGCGACUGUUGUAUGUUCAAGGAAGCGCAAUUCCAGAUCGUAUCAUUGGACGGAUCUCACCAAGUCGCAUCACUGAUACAUCAAUGGGAUCACUUGGCAGUCGAUUAUAUCCUGCUUCUUACAUUUCCAAUAGAUACAGACGUGAGAUUGAAAAGUCUGCUCCUCGGCGCGUCGUUCUUAAUAGAGUAUUUGUACUUUCAUCGAAUAAGAAGAGCUUCCAGAAGAUAGAUACUAUAAAUUAUAAAUAAUUUGCAACC